UAAUAUAAUUAGGGCGACGAAUAAGAAUUUUUAGGGCGACGAAUAGCAAUCCCCAUAAAAUAGGGUUAAUUGCAUGGUUGGUCACUGAUAUUACAAAAAACGUUCAUGUUUGGUCACUCGAAAUAUUUAAAUCCAUUUUUGGUCAUUAACUUUACAAAAACCGUUCAUUUAUGGUCACUCUCCGUUAGCUGCCGUCCAACGCCGUUAACGGCGUCCGUUAAGUGAUGACGUGGCUGACGGAUUCGCCUAAUCAACACAUUUUAACCCGAAAAUUGACUGACCCGACCCGUCACGUCAUUUAAACCCUCCAUGUCAGCUAAACCUAACCAAACCAGACCCGACCCGACCCAACCCAACCCAACCCACCAACCCAUCUAUCUUAAUGAUAACAGAGCAUCUACUCGUCGGCGGCAGCAUGGUGUGGAUGUUGGGGCAUCACGCCGCUAUUAGCGAUGGUGACGGAUCCAAGCAACUUGCUCAACUCCUCGUCGUUCCUCACCGCCAAUUGCACGUGUCUCGGGACGACUCUCGUCUUCUUGUUAUCUCUCGCCGGAGCACGUCUUCCCGGGAAUUGAUGACCUCGAAGAGAUGCUCCGCCGUGGACCGGUCCACCGCCCGACCCGCACUACGCCAUAUCCGGAUCUGGAUCUUGUCGCGGAACUGGCCGUAGCUGUCUUGUAGAAGGCGGCGAAGAUGCUCCCCCAGGCGUCGGCGCCGACACCGACGAUACGGAGAGGGUCGCCGUCGGCUUUGCCCAGUAGACGCCGCAGCUCGUCGAGCUUCUCUUCCUGCCCGGAAUUGGCGUCGUUGGUUGAUUGGUGAGUUGGUGAGUUCCCAUUCUGCUGAUGAUGAUGAUUAUUAUUAUUAUUGACACGCCAAAACACAACACCAAACUGCGACCAAGUGUAAUCGCAGUCCGGGAAUGCAGUAAAGUGGCAAGUUCUAAAUAUCAACCCGGGGUCUAGAUCUACUGCCUACUCCGUGAUUAUCUAUUAUCUAGCAAACUAAGUCAAUUGAAUUUGGUCUUAACUGAAAGCACAAAGAAAACAGGAAUUGAUUCGGUUUUCUCAAGCAAAGGAAGAGUCACUCGGGAAUGAGUCCCCCUAGCUCCUUAGUUAGGUCUCAGUGUAAUUACCCUGGGUUGAUUUACUAUUGAUUAGACUGUGGAAGGUCCGACAGUAGCUUGGAAUCUCUUAAACUGAUCAAGCCCUCUCAGUCUAACUACCCGGCAGACGACUAGUCUUCACCGGGAUAGAAAGAUGAAGCAAUAAGCACAGAACUCCACUACUGGAAUUGGAUUCCAGUACAAAGUAGUAGACUGGCUAACUCUCGUAUAACCAAUCCACUACUAACGAAUGAUGAAGCUCUAACAACCUAAUUAGAUUCUAUCUAUCUCAGGUUGCAGCAGAAAUCAAGAAAAGCUGAUCAGACUUCAAUUAAUUCAAUGAAACAUGCAUCAUUCGAUUAGAACCAAACAUUAUAAUCAUCCCAAGUCAUUACAAUCAUGAUCCCUAACACAUGGAACUAGGGUUCUUCGUACCCAAGUGAAAGAAGGGUUCUACUCCAUAGAGAGAGAGAGGAAAACAGAAUACAUAGCAGUCAUACUCAUAACAAUGGGAAGAAUCUGCCUUGGGAUGAUGAUUUCCACUCCUAUGAUGAUCUCCAAGCUCGAUUUGACGAAACCCAGCUCCAAGAUCGCUUCUAGGAUGUGUUCUUUGCACUUUCUCUCUCUAGGGCUCUGUUUUUGCUCUGAAAAUUCGAUUCUCUCACUUGUGGCUUGAAAUUGGGUAAAAACCAGAAUUCCCGACUCACACGGGCAGGCCACACGCGGUGUGAUUGGUGUCAAACCUACUUGUAGCGGUGUUGAUGAAUUGUCCUAUCAUAUCUUCAAGCUUUGUCAAACGAUUAUCUGAUGAUCAGCCUUGAUCCAAAUAAGUACCUUGGCUUGAAGAUGGGUUGUCUCUUUGAAAUUGAUCUUGCAUCAGUGCUUACCCUACCGGGAGGUUUCCUAUCCGAUGGUGAAGACCAUAAAAAGUUAGUAUGAUUCCUCCAUCCCGGCUUGAAGGUAGCAUGACUCGUCCCGACUACCACAAUUAAUUUCCCGUCUAAGGUCCAAGUAUAAACCUUAGUGGAGUGCAGUAUAGGAUAAGUAUGUUUAAAUAUCAACUCGGGCCGGUCCGUCUACCUAUACUUCAGUCAUUUGAAUCAUUAUCUAGCAAAAAAGUUUUGAUUUAAAACUUUGCUAAUUAAAGUAAAAUAAGGCAAAUAGUUUUGUAAACUCUUUUGUGGAAGGAUUACUCCGGUAUCGCUUCCCCCUGACUACUACCAUGGUAUGUGAAUUGGAAUGAUUGCUUCGGGCAAGGUAACCGCGAACUGCAGAAGGAUGCAUAUAUGGUCGGAGACCACAAUCUCAAUUGCUAAACCGAGGUAAACAUUAUAGGCCGUGUCACUUGACCCUCUCGGUUUAGGCAAUUGGUAGUUGACUUACUCCCUCACUCAACUCAAGGGUCGGACGGUUUAAACGCGAUUAACCAAUUUGCUUAAUUCAACAUUGAGGAUUGCCCUAAAUUAACCUAGUUAGGUGGGUUAAAAAGCUGAAGGAAAAUCAACUCGAUUGAGUCUCCCUUGGAAGGGGGAUUUUCCUCUCUAAGCUAGGUUAAGGUGGCUAAUUAGAUUGCUAGCACCAACAAGCACAAACCUAAGGAUGCUAAGCACAAUUAUGCACAAUCCUUAGGUUGCUAAGCACCAAAAUGCACAAACCUAAGGAUGCUAAGCACAUAACAUGCACAACCCUUAGGUUGCUAAGCACAAGCAUGCACAAUCAACAUGAAUAAUACCUCAAUCAUUCAAUUAAACAAUACCCAAUGACAAUCAUUCAAUUCACAUAAAAGAAACAGACACAACCCGGUCUUUUUAGAAAACCAAACCAUAACUCAAACCAAAAACCAGUUACUCCGGAGCAACCUAAACAACUUUUUAAAAUAAAUAAACUGACAAUGUUUAAGAAUUUCAAACAAAAAGACUGAACACCUGGGAAAAUGACAAUCCCAAUACUUAAAAUGAAAGAACUCAGGAUCUCCAGUUUACACUCCUAACCAUGUAACAAGGAAAUUAAACUAUUCUAGUUCUGACUCUUCACGAGUUCCUUGACUUCUCAUCAAUGCUGGUGCAGCUGCUCGCAUCGCCUUGCCUCUUCUUGCAGUCCGCCUCCGCUAACCCUUCCUCGACCUGGUGAGUGAGAAGGGUCAGUCUCGUCGUUACUUCCUAAGGUCUUUGCCCUAGGCAAACUCCUUACUAACACAUUAUUAGGGGAAAUGCCUUCCUUAGACGAAAGUCGUUCUCACUUUCAUCCUUAAAACUGUACUAUCAAACAGUCUAUAAGAGAUCUCUACUCCUAUCUUAUCUUUAGAGUUCCCUUACUUAUAUUCUUAAUAACUCCUUUCAACUUUAACUCAUAGAGGUUCUCAACUUUUAUCCUUAACUCAAACACAAAACACUAGGACCACCGCGUUACGUCUCGCCGUCCGGUUGCAUACCCAAACUCGGCAAUGGCACUGCGUUACGUCUCGCCGUCCAGUCCAUGCCCGUCAACUACUGCAUUACGUCUCGCCGUCCAGUAGUGACCCCAAUAUACUCGAUCAACUGCGGUGUUACGUCUCGCCGUCCAGCAGUGAUCCGACCAUCUACUACGUCCAGUAGUGGCCCAACCGCCCGGGGGUUCCUCAUACCAUCAAUCCAUACAACAUCACAUACAUUCAUACAUAGCACAACGCGUGCCUCCACCCUUACAGGCGGUGGGAUGCCUCACACACAUAUCGCGCAAUACUAAAAAAUUAACGAAACUACUAUAAGUAAAUGCAUAAACUAAAGACCUCGACGGAGAUUUUACCCCCUUUACACUCACCUCGAAAAGAUGACUCCUCAAUUCCUUCCUUGAAGAAACCCCUCCUUAGCCGGAUUAUCUUGAGGAAACCUAUUAAUAAAAAUUCAUUUUCUUAGAAGACAUUUCUUGAUUUAAAACCCCUUUUGAAACACUAGAACAUCCUCUCCUCAAACUCCCGCCCUUGAACCUCAUUCCAAGGGUCCUUUAACCCCAUUAAAAUUUUCUAGAAUUAAUCACCUAAAAAACGACCAUUUUUCUUAAUUAUAUUUAUCUUGGACGAAUUCUUCACCUAACUUGAACCUUCUUAUAAUUUUGUAAAAUAAUUUUAACAUGUCAAUCAUGAGCACCUAUACCCUAUACAAUUAUCAAACCCUAAAAAAACCCUCGGAAAGAUUUUUAUUUAAUUAAAAAGAAUAUUAGAACAAUUUCUAAAAAUAGAAAUACAUCUUCAAAAAUUGUCAAAUUAAAUCAAAGCUAUCUCCUGAACCUCCCUCAAUUUAUAAAAUUAUAAAACUCAGUACAAAACACCCACAUAACUCGAAACAAUUAAAACAUCCAAAAAUACGUUUCUGAAAUUUCCAGCAGCUUUAGUGACCACCAAAAAGCUGUCACUAAAAGCCUGGAACGCCCGUUGCUAAAACCCAGAAUUGCAUCCUCAAGAAAAAUCACCAAAUCGAUCGAUCUAACUCAAAGGGAUCAAGUUCCCUUACCUCUAGAACGUGCCUAGGCCUAGGUUGGAUGACCCGGGACGUUGAUCUCCUCGUUGAUCGAACCCUCAAACGUCACCGUUAAUAAAAUACGAGCUUCGGGUUAGACUCUCGAUAAAUCGGGUUUAAAAAUCGAGAAUGGAUUCGUGAUCCUUACCUAAAACGAAAGGGAUGGGGUCGGGGUUGGGAUCGGAGUCGGGUACAGGGAGGCCGCGGCUCUCUUUCUUCUUCUUUUUUUUCUUCUUCUUCUUUUUCCUUCUCCGCCUGUGUUGGGGAGUCGGACAGGCGGCUGGGGUUUUUGGGGUGAGGAAACUUGCUGGGUGGGAAAAAAUAGGCUGGAGACAAAUUAUGAUGGGGAAAAAUUGAGGGCCGCCCACUUUGUUUCCUUUCUUUUUUUAUAAUUAAUAUAAUAAUAAUAAUUAUAUUAUUAUUCUUAAUCCGCGAUUGUAACUCUUAGUACUUAACCUUCAACCCAACCGAUCAUGUAUUAAAGUCGAACCUAAAUCUAAAAUACCGGGGUGUUACAGAAACUACAUGGUAGAGUUAGGGUUUCGCAACACUCAAGUGAAAGGAAAUCUACUUCAUGCUAAAAUGGGGAAAACACAAAGAGAAGAGGUAGAAACCAUCUUGGAGGAUGCUCCCAAUCUUCUUGGCCCUUAUGCUAAACUUUCAUUGGAGAAAAUCUUCACAAAAUCCACCUUGAAGCAACCCCCUCUCUCCUCCUUUCCGCUCAUCUUUUAAACAAGAUACAAGCUCAGUUCCCGGCCGUGAACCAUGAAACACGUCAGUGAACUGCAGGCGUGCGCCAAAACACAUCGCUACGUUCACUUCUGUUCACGGUCAAGAGCCUCCGUUCACGGUCUUAGUGACCGUGAACUCACCUUGCGUCAGUAACUUCUGGAAUUGCUCUGGACGCCUUGAGUUUCACGGUCAAUGACUCUUCUUCACGGUCAUGCAAGACCUUGAACUUCCUGGGAAAGCCGUGAACUUGCCAUUUUUCACCUCUUCUCUCGGUUUUCGAUCCUUUUUGUUCAACUUUCGACUCUGAGGCUGGUUUCACCUGUUAAAUCCUGAAACAUGCUAAAACACGAGAAACCUCGCGUAAAAUCAACCUUUUAGGAGAGAAUUUGCCACAAACAUCUAAGUAAAACGGGGGUAAAACAUGUACAAUUAGGCCCGAAUCACUCCUCCACACUUAGACGUUUGCUUGUCCCCAAGCAAACCAUUUCACACAAGGUAAUAUUUCAACCUACACAAAUACUUUGGGGACAACUCAAAGGGCACAAAGUGGGAGUUCACAAUGCCUAUUAGCAAUUAACACAUGGACCAUUGCAAGCAAUACCGACAUCCACCACAAACGACAUUCGAAGCCAGAAAAAAACGGUAAACGAAAAUUUCUCACCUUGUUCAUGGAUCAAUGCAAGUCUCAAUGAAACCACUUAUCAACCACAACUAACCAUGCAUGGAAUUCAAGUCCAAGGAACAAACGGGAAGGCAACCAAGGUCCUCACCGGGAUUUUAUAUGACAUGCAAAACAAGAAUGAAUCACUCACUCUCGGGACCUUUUUGGUGCCAAAAGAUGUGCACAACAUUAACUCUCAGCCCUAUCGUCUCAACACCACGGCGGCUACCUCUAAAUGCUAGAGUUCACGGAAUGGUUGUCAUCACUAGCUUGUCCGGAGGUCUUAGACACGGGUUCAGAUGACUGGCAAUUGUCUUGGACAUGGGAAAAAAGCUUUUUGGGUGGUGGAAAUCAUGACGUUAGGUUCUACAUGUUCAACAUAAACCCGAAGGUUCUAUGGUUUCGACUAAAACCCUUCUCUUCAACCAAAAGCCACUAGUAUCGUCCAAAAACCUUAUCUCUCCUUUCCAAACUAUCACCAUCGUGAACUACAUUGAAGCACUAUUUCUCGAUCUACUCUUGCUAUCAUCUUCCGAUUUGGUAGCGAAGGAGUUAUAAAACAAUGUUGGGGUCUCAAUGGCUGUGCCAAGAAACCCCUCCUAGAGCACUCUCUACUUUAUUUACCCCAUUUUAUUAUCUCUUUUUCAUUUCUCUUUUCUUUUCUAUAUUUUUAUUUUUAUUUUUGAGGAGGGUACUAGAGAGUAAAAACACUUACCACCUAUACAUUUAACGACCAAUGCUCUCUUUUUGAAGAACUCACUCCAACACUACACUUCAUUUUCCAUUCCUAGUAAGAACUGUACACAAUCCUCCUAUGUAGAACCUCAAAGGAACUCAAAAUCGAAAGCUCUGGGACACAAGGACGACUCAUGUUUAGACACCUCAUUGGUGGGGCUCGUUCUAUUAACACCGUUAAGCUCACAAGCAAGAAGCUCCUAAAUUGAGAAUGACCCCCAAAGUCACAAGGCUCAAAGGGGUUGACUAAGGGAUAACACAUUUCGGGACAAUCAACAUUUGGGUGUGGACUAAUCCUAUGCCUCCAUCAUACUUACGAGUGACAAUCGUGAUGUUACACACCAUGGUAAGAGGGAUCUAAGCAAACAAGAAGAAAACGAUCGACUCAAAUCUCACAAGGCUACCUAGUCACCCAACCAUCUAUUCCAAUUCACAAACACGAUGCAUGGCAAUUGUAAUCAACAAGUAACCGAGUCAAGACAUCCAUUCAUUUAUGCACACAUGAGAAAUAAACUUUUGCAUUAUCCUAAUGAACCUCUCAAUCAUCAUCAUAGGAUAUACUCGAUCACAUGCAACAAUUCAAGAUCAAUGGCAAUAAACACGAGAAUUUCCCACACACCGGCCACUUUGAUCAUGCAAGCAUUGCUUGGAGCCCUCAAAUUUUUGAAAUUUGGGCAUAUAUCAAGUCUCCAAGCAUCACCACACUCACACAAGCAUAAUAGUAAACUACCCCCCCCCCCCCUCACACUUAAGAUCGACAUUGCCCUCAAUGGCAUAAGAAAAGGGUAGAAUGAUGUUACCGCUUGGGCUUGGUGAGUGAAAGUUGGAUUUGAAUCCGCGGUAGGAAAUUUUGAGCUUCAAGUAGAGACAAAAAAACACACAUAAAAAACACAAUAUGACUCGCUCGAGGCGAGGUUAUUACAUAACACAACACAAAGUAGUAGUAGUAGUUCAAGGUCACAAACACACAAAAUAAAGAAAAAGAACAAAAACAAGUUCAGGGUUACAAGUGGAGAAGUGUGGCGAAAGGAUUCAGCUCUACCAUAUGUCUCACUCUUCGGCUACCUCUCUCGGGUGGAAGGACCCUUGUCCUCAUCUGGGAGGAUACCCUGGCGUCGAGCCAUCAGCUCGAGGAGAUUAGUCUGCCGGUCAAGGAGGGAAGAGAAUCCCACAAAGUUCGUCUCUAGGCGAUCCACCUUCAGGACGAGGGGAUCGCCUGCUGCUAGUGGUGGUAGCUUUGCGGGACGUUGGAGCGCUGGACAUCGGGGGCGGUAGGGUGCACGAGCAUGCGGCUGCACGGCUGGUGGUGGUACCUUGUGGUCUGGUUUUACUAGAGUUGGGUCAACUGCAGCUCGGAUGACACCUAAAGGUCGGAUUCCCUCAAGGUACUCCACUUCUCGCUCUCCCUGGAGUACCACCUUCUGGUUGUAGAGUGUCUCCACUGGAAAGGGAGUCAUAUUCCCGAAGCUGGUACACCCAACUAGAUUCACUUGGAAGUGUCGGGCUAUCCUCGUGAUGAGGCCCUACAUGUGCAUCAUGUCCACUCUAUUCCGCCCCAAACACCGGGCGAAAGAAGUGGCUAUCAGGGAUCCCAGAUGGAUCGGCGCAGCAGAACUCCUCAUGGAGUAUAGAGCAAUGAGCCCUCUGUUUGCCAUCAGAUGACCGGACUGGCUUUUGGGGACGACGGAAUUGGUGAGCAAAGUGUGGAGGAUCCUCAACUGGGUCUUCAGCUUCACCGCAUUGGUGCGGCUCCCCGUAAACUCGACGUUCUCAUGCUCGGAGCUGUAGCGGGCCUGGAAUGCCCGCUGAUAGUCAAAUCAACCUCACUUCACUACCUAAUCCUAUACUCCACAAAGUAAUAAGGUAAAGCCGAAAAAACAACCAAGAGACACAAUUAGGACGUAGGAGGAAGUGAGGCUCGGGCGAGGAAGGCGAAAAACUGCCAAAAAACUGACCGGAGAGAGGUCGCCGGAGCUUCGUCGGAGACUCGCCGCUGGUGACUUGACCAGAAAAAAUAUGCCCCAAAUCUCCCCAAAAUUUCAGAACAGGCCGGUUUUGAUGAGGGGAAGCUGGGUAUGACGUUGGUUUUGGGUUUUGCUAGCCGAAAAUGGGGGAAAAUCGAAAAACCGAUGGAUUUUCGCGUUGUUCCGACGAAGAUUUGAAAAUUUUUGGCGAUAUUUGGUCGUGAAGUGAAGAGUCGUUGUUCACGCCCCUUUUAUAGGCAUGGCUCUGAGUUCACAGAUGCGUUGCCCAGUUCACGGUCUUAGAGACCGUAAACGCUCAAGCGCGUCCGUGAACUGCGGUUGCUCGACAAGUGGUGAACAUGCAGAAGUGUCCAGCUCACGGACGUGUUUGAAAAUGCAGAGUUCACCACUCGAAUUCUUCACAAGAACUAAAACGAAACAUUGCACCAAACGUUGACGCACAUUGCACCAAACGUUUGCAAACUUUUUUGCAAGUAAGCAUCUCUCCAUCAUGACCAAAAGCAGAUGGAUUAUUUCCUUCCCUUUCAAGGUCACAUGUGGGGAAGUUGAUGGGUGGAUUCGUCUUAGCCCGAGCAUUACUUCCCAGCUUGCACUUUACAUUAGGUUGCCACACAUAUUGGGUACAAAUGAGAGUUUGAGGUCUCUUGAAUUGCUAAAAAGUACUUUGUACCUUGCCAUACGAUUUCGUGAGGAGGAAAUUAUUUUUGGGGACGGUAAGUAGUAAAAUAUGGUCGGGACGUGGUAAAACUUUCCGAUCCCCAAACAUAUCCUCAAAUGGCACUCUGAUCGCAGAGGAUCGGUUGCCUCUAAGAACCUCUUUUCAAAAUAUUUUUUUCAAUAAUAAGCACAAAUUUGUAGAAUUUUCGAGUUAAAAAAUGAUGGAUAAUCCCACACACAUAUUCUUCCUAAAAUAUCAAACAUUAUCAACUCACCAAAUAGGAAGCAGAAAGUAAAAUCCUUCAUGCACCGGUACUCUAAUCAUGCAACUACUCCGUAGCUAGCACAACACAUCAAUCAUCUAACAAUUCAAAGCAUAUUGAGUAGGGAGUUGCAAGGAACAAGGUGUUUUGACCCUCAAAUUUGAAAAAAUUUGCGUAAUGCAUUCAAGGUUCCAAAAUACUAUCAAUAAGCCAUUCAAUCGAUAAGUAGAUAAUAUAAGUACGAUUAUUACUACUAAAAUAGUAUUUAGGGUAUGAAAAUUAAAACAAAAAGAAAGCAAUAAUUAAAAAAAAUAAAGGAAAAGAAAAGAAGAGCGAAGAAAAAGAAAAGAUAGAACUUAGGCACUGGAUGCCUAGUACUCAAUCCUCCUCGGAAGGUCCUUCUUCUUCUUCUUCUUGGAAUGGCGAAAGGGGAGGUGAGCGAACAAGUUGAGGAGAUACAUUUUCAAUUGGGAUAUACAUCUUCUUCAUUAUAGCAUGGAUGCAUGCCAUGAUAUGUAGUCGCGCUUCCUUCUACCUUCUUUGAUUGUGAAGGAUCACCGCUAUCAUUGCUUCAAAUAAAAAAUCCAUUGCAUGGUUGAACGUUGGGGGAACCAGAUGAGAAAUUGAUGGGUGCGCCUCUCCUCCCUCAUACAUGUUUUCGACUUGUUCUUCUUCAUUUACUAGCCCACUUCGUCCUCUUACCGUCGUAGCUUCUGGAAGACGAAACAUGGUACCCUCCAUGUCCAACGUGUUAGUGGUGGGAAAUGGAAGUCCACGUACUCCCCAAAUGCCAUCGUCAUUCAAAUGUAGCACUUUAAUUCUGGAUUUCAAGAUGUCAAAGGAUAAAGGAGUGGUCCUACUAUCCAACCAAAAUUGGACGGCCUAGAAAUCGACUUUGAAAUACUUUGCAAGACGAGUGGCGAAAACUCCUCCAUGAAGGGCAGUGAAUCGAGGGUCCAUUUCAUAAUGCUUGAAGAUAGAUAAAAUUGCUAAACCAAGGUGAAGUGAUUGAGGUAGAUGCAUGCUUUGGAAUAAAAUGACAUAUCGGGCAGUAAGAUUGCCUUUGAUUCGGUUCUUUCCUCCCACGGACCUAGCAAUCACAUUGUGGAUUAACCGCUCCUCCGGUUUCAGCUACCAAAGGCUUGAUAUCCAAAGGUGUACUGUUAGACUUCUUGACUUCAGAUUCAUAAAAGGCUUGAAUGGGAAGUCGGAUUCGGUUGUCAAGAAACAAAAGCGGCUGGUGAGUCAACGAAUUCAGCUGGGUAAAUAUCCAUGGCUCUUGUAAAUUCUCAGAUCGACAGUUGGCGAUGUUCUCCUCCUAGUUUUAAUUGGAUGUUGUCUUGAAGCUUGACGGCACCUCACAUAUCUUGAAUGGUGAGAGUGCUAAUGAAUUCCAGAACAAAUGCCUGGUAGAUGUUUUCUUGAAUGGAUAACAAUUUAAUUCACUCCAAUUUUUGAAUUUAGAACAGAGUGCAUCUUCAAUGUACUCUCGCCUAGAGGGAGCCCUUGAAGACACUAUAGUUUGAUCUUAAAUUGCUAGGGGACAUUGUCCAAAUAAAAAUGACCGAGGUGCUCCAUGCCGCCUCUAACAUUGGUUUGAUUCUCUUGAGGAAUUUCCCUUGCUAGAUGGAGAAAGAGAGUGAUGGUGGAUUUGAUUCUUCAAUAACUACUUUGUUUGAUUCUGAUUUUCUUUUCUUCUUCCAAUGGUCUUGGCGAGAAUGAGAGUUUCGAGAAUGCUCCAUGUUAAAAGAACUUUCUCCACAAGCCAAACCCUUGUUUUUGUAAGUUAUCCUUCAAAACAAGUAAUACAAAUGCACAAACCAUUAAUCCAAACAUCACAUACCAUAAAAAUUACUUCCACAUAGCAUUGAUCAAUUCUCUAAGCUCCCCCACACUUGAGUGAAACUAAAGCUUUGGCAAAAGAAAGGACCUAGAGGGAGUUAGAGUUCAAUAGAAAGGAUAAUCCUAGAAUCUCAUUAACCAACACAAAUCAGGGAAACAAGAAUCAACAAGUGUAUUGAAGUCAAGGUUCAAAGAAUAUGAUCGAAGGAAAAGACAACUAAGUGGUUGGGGAAUUUCUUCGAACACUUGGUGGGAGCUCUAUGCAGGCUCAAAAUUUGCAUGGAAAUAACCCACCAAGGUCUCCCAAAAUGCAUAGCAAGAUCACUAGAGCAAAGAAAAAAUCCUAUGUCAUUAGAAGUUCAUCCCAAAGUCAAAAUGAGUCUUUGAAUUUCUCAAAGCACUCAACACAUUUUGAGGCAAAUUACGUAAUUUCAAUGUAGGAAAAAUGAAAAAGUGUACCUCAUCUUGAUAGGAGGCAUAAUGAGAUUCCAAAAAUGAUAGAAAAUACUUCACAAAAGAAUGUGAAAAGCAUAGUAGAAGAAGUAAGCUCAACAAGCUAAUAAAGGUAGGGAAACAUGGCAUUGAGAUCUAAAAAUGGGAGGGAGAGAAUACACAUGGUUGCAAUGUAAAGCUUUCCCUUAAAUAAGAACUAACAAGAUCGCAGGCAGCAGACACAUAAUCGUGACCGUGAUCUCUGACAUGCCGACCGCGAUCUUUGCUCUGAACACAAAGAUCAUGAUUUCACCAAACCCUAAGCUCAAUCGUUCAUCUAAAUCAAUCAAACAUCCAAAGAACGCGACAAGGCAAGUUAUAAGUCCUAAAAAAUUUCAUCCAUACAACUUUACUCCUCUAGUUAAACAAUUAUUUGAAAACAAAAAGGAAAAGAUACGCAAAUCGAAUCAUUGGGCUACCUCCCAACUAAUGCUUCUUUAAAAGUCUUUUUCGCCGAACUUGACUCCUUGAGAUCAAGAGAUAAGCGCUCCAUUCCCCAACGAUGACUCUUCAUAGAAAUCAUACUUGUGUUGUAGUCCUAAAUAAAGACCAUAGAGUCUCUCGUAUGCCUCGUCCAGUGGUUGCGAUUCAAAAGUCAUGUCGAGGAAUGAUGUUCAUGAAUAAAGCGAUUAGACUCCCUUGCACAAUUGCCUUCAUCCGUGAAUGACUUACAGUAUUCCUUAGAUUCUUCAUAUUCAAGAAUGGAGUAGCUUGCUCACGCUAUGUUUCUCCGUUUUGUCCCAGACUUUUCCCUUGGGGUUUCUCUCGUCCACGACGAACCUUCUGAGUUCCCUUCUAUUCUCCGAGGCUUGUAGAGAGACUUCACACGACUCUUGAAAACCCCCUUUUGAAAGGAAACUUUUCCUUCCCCGUUCUCUUCUUAAAAUUGCAAGAAUUAUCCAUACCUUAUUACCUUCAACUCUCCUAUCUUGAGAAUCACCAUGAGAGACCAUAUUGAACUAUUCUAUCUCGGGGCUUGAAGGUGGUUUGGAACGAUGUGUGACCGGCUCACAAUCAAUCUUCAAAUCUUCCCACUUGAAGUACUUGUAAAAAUUGGGGAUUGGAUUCAUCUUAUCUCCUCCUCUCCAAACCUCAAGGUGAUCUUGCUCCCAAUCACAUUGAUAAUGGUCAUUGUCGUAGCCAAGAAUGGUCGGCCUAGGAUUAUUGAUGCAUCACAUCUUUUCGUGUCAACAACCACAAAGUCAACAUGAUAAACAAAAUGAACACAUUUCACUAAAAUAUUUUCUAUGAUUCCACUUAGCUCGACAACGGACCUAUUUUCCAACUCAAUCCGCAUUUUAGUAGGUAUGAGUAGUCCAAGGUUCAACUCAUUGUAUAAUCUUGUAGGCAUGAUAUUGAUACUAUAUCCCAAAUGUGCUAGCGGAUUCCAAAAAGUUUUGACUCUGAAAGUGCAUGGAAUAGUGAAGAUUCCCAUAUCUCUUAAUUUCAGUGGGAAGCAUUCACAUCCAAUGGAUGUCGAGGCAACUUCACUAACAGAGACCAUAGAAACUUCUUCCAUUUUCCUCUUCCCCGAUAAUAUCUCUCUCAAGCACUUAGUACGCUUCGGAAUUUUCAGAACCAUGUCUAAGAAAGGGAUAAUUACCUUCAAUUGCUUCAAGGUGUCUUUCUGGUAUCCUCUCUUACCUUCAAUUGCUUCAAGGUGUCUUCUUCUCAUACAACUUCACUUUGAACCUCUCUUAUCGGUAUCCUUGAGGUUGGAAUAGUAACCUCCUUAAGAGGUCGGCCACUCGUUAGAGUUACCGCGUUACAACCCUCUUUGGGAUUAGGUUUGGUAUUUCCUGGGAAAGUUUCUUGCGGUCUAGACGAAAUACUUUGUGGCAAUAAGCUUAGUUGAGCUUCAAGAUCUUGAAGCAAAGCUUGUUGAUUUCUUUGACCCGCUUCCAAAGUUGAGAAGUUUGUCGUGGUGCUCCCUAUGAAUUUGUCAAUAGCCUCAAAUUUCUUGGUGGUGUGUGUAACGAACUGACCUACCAAAUAUUUGAGCUUAGAAACUCGACCAUCGAAGGGUCGACCUUGAUCUUGAUAAGCUCCUUGGUACGAAGGUUUACUCGGCCUUGGAUAAGUGUUUUGCAUAGGGGUUUGAGAUUGAAACCACGGAGCUUCCUAUCCAUUGGAGAAGACCAAAGAAAUUUGGGAUGAUUCCUCCAACCUGGAUUAUAUGGAGAUCUAUAUGGGUUGUUCCAUCGUGAUUGCCCUACAACAAAGUUUGCUUCCUCAAACUGAAGUGAGGCCUCACUCAUGGAUUUACACUCUCCUACAUAGUCUGACUCGAGCCACCACACCAAUCACAUUUCAUGAGUUUCUUUCCAUUGUCUUUCAUAGAUGUGAAACUUGAUCAGUUUUCUUAACGAGUUGUUGUAUAUGGGCCGCUAGCGAAGAUGGUUGUUCGAUUUUCAAUAAGCUUCCUUUCUUGACACUCUUACCUCUUCUUCCAUCACCCCAAUCGUAGUUGUUUAGAGCCAUCUCUUCAAUUAGUCUUUGAAGUUAACCAACUUCAUUGUUCAUGAAGGCAACUCCACUAGCUGCAUCGAUAAGCUUCCAUGACUCCCUUGUUAAACCAUUGUAAGAGCUUUCCACUUGAAACCAAUCGGCAAUACCGUGGUGUGGAAAUUUGAGUAGAAGUGAGGUAAACCUUUCUCAUGCUUCAAACAAUGGCUCAUCCUCCUCUUGACGGAACAUAGUAAUCUCACUUCUCAUUAGAGCCGUCUAAGAGGGUGGAAUAUACCUUGUGAAGAACUUAUCACGUAGAUCCGCCCAUGAGGUGAUGGAGUGAUGGGGAUGGUUAUUCAGCCAUUGCUUUGUCGCUCUAUUUGAAGUAGACUAGAAUAACCUCAAACGGAUUUCCUCUUGAGGAAUCUCGUUUAUCUUAAUUCCAUCCAUCAACUCGUAAAAUGACUUUAUAUGCGCUUGAGUGUCUUUACUCAUCAACCUAUUGAAUUAAACCUCACUUUGAGGCAUAGAAAUUGUGUCCGAUUUUAUGUCAUGUUGUUGUCCAGCACCGGUGGGUGAAGAAUUAGUGAUUGAACAUUAUCCACACUUGGCCUUGAGUUAGCCCUUGGUGGAACUUGAGGUUAACGUUGUUGAUCCGCCAUUGGAGGAGGUUGAUGUCUCGCAACUCUUCUUAGAUUCUGAAGGGUUCUCUCGAUUUCUGUAUCAAGAGGCACUAACUCCAAAGAGUUCCUCCUUCGAUAAUACAAGAGUGCUUAAAGACACAAACUCAACGACCCGCGACGUACAAAGUUGGGUAAAAAAAUACAAAAUGCUAAAAAUUACGAAAAAUAACAAAAAGACAAACAAAGAAAAUAAAGACUAAACUAACAACAAGAUGGCUUUCUACUAGUUACCGAGGUUCCCCGGAAAUGGCGCCAAAAAUCUUGAUUGAUUCAUUAUGUGCACGUCAUUGUCAGUAGUUUGAAGGUCUCAAUAAAUACCCCACCCUAGGACAAUUUUAACCUAAAAUGGCAUUGUCAUAUAGUGGCAAACAAGAUCUUAUUCACUCAGGUCCCGAUACACUAGCCUACUUCCCACGUUGUUGUUAACUAGCCGGUCGGUUUAAGGAAGGUUUGUGUUGGAGGGUUCAAGUGAAAUACUAAUAAAGAGAAUAAACAAGUAAUAAAGUAGUUACUUUGGGGAACUAACCCUCACCCUAGCCUAGGUCUAUCAUGAAAUGUCUAAAUAAGUUGGGUUAAGUGAAUGUGCCGAGUGAGCUCUUUUCUGUUGGCCUUCGUGAUUAUCCACACACUUUUGAGUAUGCCUCCCCUAAACCCAUCUUAGUCACCUCGAUCUAGGCUAUCGUAUCUGAGGCUUUAUGAACAUAGCUCCUUUCAAUGGGUACUACCCACUGUCCACACCGAGGUUUCAUCCUGGGUUCCAUCUAGGAAGGCAUUCUUAUGGCAGAGGUACGAUCGCCUCGUCCACCACAAGAUCCUAUUCAUUCAUCUAACCCUAUUCUGCCAGAUGGUGCAUACCUGUCUAACCUUAAAACUCCAUACCCAGCUUAGAAGCUCAAGUAGGCUAGUAGAGAAGAUUAGGUGAAUUACUCAAGCAUAAUUAAAGCUAGAGAAGCAUUAAAAUCAACUAGACAAACAUAUUAAUUCAAAACCUAAAAUAUUCAUUCAUUACACAGAAGAAGUUGGGGGAAGACUUGAUGUUGUGGAAGAUGGCUCCCCCCUUAUAGCUUCUCUCUCUGAACCAGAAAUUUGUAUCUCCAAAUAAGCUCUCUUACAUGGGGGAAGGCGUCCUCUAUUUAUAUAUUUCAGGGGGCAGACAAUUUCUUGGCUGAACAGGUGGGAGAUUACGGUCGUGAUCUUCUUCUCUGAGAUCGCGAUCUUCAGGCGUCGCUGUUUGGUCUUCGGAUGCUGGGAGUUCAUGGGCUGACUUCACGAUCGCGAUCCAUGAGUCGUGGCCGAGAAAUUUCUCACAGUCAGGGAAGACAGUGACCAUGAUUAGACUGGCGAAACUUUUCGGCCAUGAGCAAACAUGCCCUGGCUGUGAUCUUCUGUUAAUGCACAUUUCUCUACUCUAGUGCCCUUUUUUGGUACCUAAAACAUUUAUAUCAUCUAAUACACCCUAAAAUGCUAAUAUUUUAUCUGAGGAUCAAAUAAAGGGUAUAUUUGACAAUAUAUUAAUCGUGAAGACCAUGAAUUGACCAUUAUGAACCUCUAUAUGAGUUCUAAAUAACACCAUUCUAGGUCUUAUUAGUAUUGUCCUUGUUGCCUAUCAGAUCCAGUAACUAUCGUGACACAAGGUAGGAAUAGAUGAUAGAUACAUGGAUCAAGUAAUUCAUAUGUUGGCAUGAUCGAGCGUUGCAAUCCAAGGUUGUAGAAUGACGCACUUAUGCGAAUUUGUCUCAGUAUGUUUAUUGAAAGGUUUGAUUGCCUACGUCAGAAAUAUGUACACUGUUUCAAAAGUAAUACAAGCUCAUAAUCAUACUUGGUUGUAUAUCGUGACAUAUACAAUUCAUAGGUUGAGAUCUUGGGUGCCUAUGGGGCAUAGUAAGCGAAUUCUCUCAAUCGUGGUUACGUAUAACCUGUAUCUUAAUGUGGUUUCAAGUCAAGGAAACUCUAAGAGGAGCUUGCUUAUGCAAUGUCUCAUCCUCAUACGUCCUUCACCAGACCGUAGUUUACAUUUACUUUUCUCGCAUUGUCUUUUUUUUUAUUUUUUUUUAUUUUUUGUAAAACCAAGGGGAACUUCAACCCUAGAGAAACUAAUAACACCUAAAUUGGUGUUAUUUAUCCCUCGUAUCUAGGUUCCUUUUUAGUCAUUUUAUGUGCAUAAUGAUUGAUACAUUGUAAAAUAUAGCCUUAUUUUGAAGAUUAUAUCAUUGUUAGGGUGUAUUAGGAAAUAUAUGUGAAUUAGGUACCAAAAGAGCACAAGUGUAGCAAGAAUGGGGGAAAAGCUUAAGAUCACGGUCAGGAAGGGACCGCAUGAAGAGAGAGCUGAGAUUGCAGCUUUCAAUCUCAAAAUCACGUCCGACAUCUUUGGAGCGUUGGGCGCGAACUUGGAAAGGCAACGAACAAGGGAGAAACAGAACGUUUCAGUAGUUGACUCACUGCCACCUUCUUCCAAGCCCGCGAGAAAGAUCGCGACCGUGACAUCAAGGAUCGCAACCGAGAUGUCAGGCCGCAAUCCUCUAAGUCUUCAACGCAUAAAGGUGCUGACUUAAGAAAGCGCUCUCGCUUCAUAAGUCCAUAGCCGCGAACUUUUACCCCAUGCCCGAAAUAUGGAAAUUCUAUAAAUAGGGGACUCCUCCCCUUUGAGAAGAUAGCUUUUAGCAAAUUCUUGAUUUUAGAGAGAGAUUAGAGAGAAUCUUAAAGAACGAGAAGAAGAGAAGGAGGAGCUAGAAGGAAGGAGUCAUCUCCCCCAUCAAGUCUUCUUCAUCAUUUUCUUUAAUGUUUCUUUUUCCUUCCUAUAUGGAGUAGUCUUCUAAUGUACUAGGAUUAAAACUCCCAAACCCUAUAUUAGAUUUAUAGUAUAGAUGAAUGAAUUAUGUUAGAAUUUAUUAAUGGAUGUGUUUGUUCUAGUGAUUAUAUGCUUCAUUUAUGCUUGAUUAUGCUUAGCUAAGUCAUCCUACUCUUCACUACUAGCCUAUGAUGAGCCAACGUUGGGUAAGAGUUUUAGAGUUAGACUGGGUAGCUCCAACUAGCAAUUAAGAGUAGAUGAAUGAUCUUAGAGUCUUAUAGUGAACGAGGCAAUUGUACCCCUGCUAUAAGAACACAUUUCUAGACGAUGCUCUAGAGGUCGGGAAGCACAUAGAUCCGACUCUUUAGUGUGCAUGAUAGGUAAAAUCUAUUGACAAGGAUCAAGUUGCUAUUUGGCUCGCUGACUUUCUAUCUUGAUCCGUUUUUGUGAUUUGUUUGUACUUUGGUGGUUUGUCAUGUGAAAUAUAGCAGGGACGGUUCUGUAGUCCGUCUAGUUGUAUUGUUUUUCUUUGUUUUCUUUUUCAGCAGUGCAGCAUGGACGGUUUUAGUCCGUCUAGCUUUGUUUCGUUUUUCUUUUUUCACAGACCUAUUCUGUUUUGUCAGUUCUUUAAGGGGAAACUGGUUCAGCUCUCUUGAACCCAUGUUUCUCCUUUCCUUUGUACUAUUUCUCCUUCUGCUUUCAUCAAUAAAUUCGCCAUUAUAAAAAAACGUAAUUGGAUGACUUGAUAGCAAUCGAACCUAAGUAGCCUAGGAUACCGUGACCCUUUGGAAUACGACCGAGCUACUUUACUACAUCCCUAGCGUGGUUAUACUUCACCUAAUUAGGAGUGACUACUGAGUGUGCAUCGACUUAUAAAUUUAAAACUUGAUCACAACUGCGAUCAGGAAUCUCAACCUACACCGUUAUGUUUUAAACCAUAGAACUCGUCUUUCACCAUCUAAGUGGUGUUCUGGGACACUAGAGAAUACGAUCCUAGUCUUCUUACCAGAAAAAUUUGCAUCUUCGUACUAUACACGAUCAAUUAUGCAUGUAAUCAUCUCUCUUUAUGUCGUGCUAAACGCCAUGUAAGUUAUGGAGUGGAUCUUUGUGUGUUCUAUUACGUAAUUCAUAUGAUUUAAUAUUUAUCUCGAGGUUUAUGCUUUUGAUUUCUUAAUCUUGGUUGCUUAUCAGUCGAUUUCAUAUGUGUUGAUGUGAAAGCCUCAUAUAUGUUUUUCGUACCAUUUUCAUAUAUGUCAAUGGAAAACUGCUCACGUGUGUCCAUUUAUUAAUGUUGAUUGUCUUUGGUUGAUUCGAAAGCGGUCUAGCAAUAAUACUAGGUCAUGGAUACAAGAUUCAUGCUUGAGUCCUUUGAUCCUUCAUGAUAUUCAUUAUAUAUGUGCAUUCAUAAUUAGUCUAAAGCAUGUUCGAAAGCGCGCUUUGCUUAAAUAAGUUUAAUUACCUCAUUGUAUGAUGUGAAUGCGAUGAUAGGGAUAUGUAUAAAGAGGAUUGAUGUAGAUUAAAUUAGAGAAAAUAAAACCUUGAGUUAUAUGUUGAUUGUUUGAUUCCAUGCUGUCACCUAAGUGAAAAUAUCCUAAACAACACAUUUAUUUCUUACAUUUACAACCUUUUAAAUUCAUUUACUUAAAUUACAUGUACUUUUAGUUCUCACGUUGUGAUUUUAGUUCUGGGUUAAUAUAUUUGUAUUACCUGAAUUUUGACCAUAAUAAACAUCCCGACCAAUCUUUUCGAUCUAUAACGUCUUGGUCUAAACUAUACAUCAAAGUAACGACAUUAAACAAACUCGAUCUUUGACCGUUAUCUUAGACAGUGAAACGCGUUGACUAACAGUCAAUCCGUCAUGUCACUGCCCGGUCAGCAUUAACAUAAUUAAAAAAUUCUCAAUUUUCACAAAUUUAAAAUUUUGAAAUUUUGUCUAAAAUCAAAAAGGAAAAUAUUUUUGUUAAUCCUCUCAACCCCAAACACUAGCGAUUUGUCACCCCGCUGGAUCCACCAACGAUGGUAACUCCGAGUCCUCGACCGAUCCCUAUUCCUCUCCUUCAAUCCCAAAUUUUGAUUCCACCUCCUCCUCAAACCCAUAUAUUUUCUUACCGACAGGUGACCCGAUCAUCAUAAUUUGUCCAGUCAGCUAGCCAGCCCGAACUGGUUUCCAUUUGAAGGCGGUGAAGGUCGCAGGAGAGAACAACGAAGCGUCCCAACUGCCUUUUCCUCCUCAAUCCGAUUUCCCAAUUCUCAAGGUUCGCUUCCUCUUUGAUUCUAAAACCCUAAUUCGUGUCUAAUAUCCAGCUUCAAUUACGAUCGAGAUCUCUAUCUAUGCCAAUUCGAUCAGGUGAAGCUCUCCCGCUCCCCGUCGAUCGAAUCCGACCCGCCAAUUGGUGAUUAACCAUGACGGCGCCGAAAAUUGGGGGCUAAUCAAUCUCGGUCUCGCCACCAACCUGGCGUAUGACUUCUCUUCUUCUUGUGCUUCGACAAUGCCCCUCGCACCCACACUCUCCAGUACCUCGAGGAACAACAGAAAAAGCAAGUUUAUUAGCAAUCCGUAACCCCCCACCACUCGGUUCACCUAUCGGUAAGCAAAUCUCGGCAGGGAUUUCAUCCAGGAUUCGACGAGUGCUUGCGAUGGUUUAGUGUUUACUUUGAGUGAUGAGCACUUGAUGCGGGAGAGAGGAUCCGGAAGGCCAAUUUGGGAUCUGGUGGCGUGUCCGUCGGCAGAAUUGACGGAGCGGAGGGAGACCGCAAGCGUGGUCGACGAGGAGAUCGACAAAAUCACCGCCAGUGGUAGAUCUAUCUAUGUUGCAGACAAAGAGAGAAGAAGAUAGGGAUUUCAAGAUUGGGAUGGUUAUAUUUAAUUUUUGUUUAAUUAAGAGCAGAGUUUGAUUGGUCUGGAGAGGAUUAUGUUUGAUUUGGGGUUGGGCUUUGGUAGCAGAUGAGAGAGCUCUCUGUCGAAGAAGAGGUUGGGGGAGUGGACGGAGGGGAGUUGUCGGUGGGGGUUUCAAUUUAUUUUAAUUUAAUUUUAAUAAUUUAAAAUUAUAAAAUAUGUCUAAAUUAUGAAUAUUUUAAUAAUUUUUAUGAUGACUGGACGACGAUGUGGCAUGUUGACCGUUAGUCAACACGUUUGACCGUCCAAGAUAUGGUCAAACAUCGGGUUUGGCCAAUGUUGUUACUUCGAUGUAUAGUUUGGGCCAGGAUGUAAUAGAUCGGAAAGAUUGGC